AUGUCCAGCUGCCUGCGUUCUCCCAACACGUCUCUGUUCGUCAGGAACGUGGCGGAGGACACCAGGUCUGAAGAUUUACGGCGUGAAUUUGGUCGUUAUGGUCGUGUAGUUGAUGUGUAUCUUCCGCUUGAUUUCUACACUCGACGUCCAAGAGGAUUUGCUUAUGUUCAAUUUGAGGCUGUUCGUGAUGCUGAAGAUGCUUUCCAUAAUUUGGACAGAAAAUGGGUUUGUGGACGUCAAGUCGAAAUCCAGUUCUCACAAAGAGAUCGGAAGACACCAAAUCAAAUGAAAGCCAAGGAAGGAAGGAAUGUGUACAGUUCUCGCUAUCAUGAUUACGACAGAUACAGACGUUCUAGAAGCCGAAGGUAUGUUAGGAGAAGAUCAAGGAUUCGUUCUUUUGAUUACAACUAUAGGAGAUCUUACAGUUCUAGAAACAGUAGACCGACGGGAAGACCACGGCGUAGCAGAAGCCAUUCCGACAAUGACAGAUUCAAACACCGAAAUCGAUCUUUUCCAAGAUCUAAAUUCAAUUCAAGAUCACGGUCCAAGUCCCAACCCAAGACAGAAAUGAAGGCUAAAUCACGUUCUUGGUCUGCAUCUCACACCAAAUCUAGAGGCACCUCUAAAAGAGAUUCCAAAACACAUUAUAAGUCUGACUCAAGAUAUGAAAAGGAAUCGAGGAAAAAAAGAACCACCUAG